UCUGCGCGCGCCCGUACACCCGUGUACCCCAUUUAGAGGGGUGGAAAGCGCCGGUACGAAGGUGGGGUAGCUCGUGUCCAAGAGUAGGGAGUAGAAACGAUCCCUACUACCCCUCUCUAGCCGGUUGGGAAAGCGCACGAGCUGUGUCUGGUUAUAUGGGAGUGGCGGGGGUUGUGGGGAGAUUUCAUAAAGGUAGAGGGGUUGGAUAGGGGUUCGAACAGAGCUGGCUUAGGCAAGGGGGUGAAGGAUGCUGGUGGAUGAGACUGGUGGAGAGGAAAGGCGCCGUAAGGGGUGCUUGGAAUCACGGUGGUGGUGUGUACACCCUGUGUAUAUAGUCUGGCCAGAGUGGAAGAAGGGUGCGCCCUACUUCGCGUCGGCGUUUUCCCUCCUGGCAGUGUGCAACGACGUAUCGAAAGAAGGACAGAGAAAGCGAGCACAGGCUGUCUCUCCAGUUGGGUGCCGGGCUUUUCAUAGUCUCUCAUUUCACGACGAGCGUCCGUGCCAUCGGUUCGAGUGUUUUGCGCGUUUGACGAAUAUCGGGAGUGAGAGAAAAAAGAAAAAAGAGGAGAAAGAAGGAAAGAGGUAGCGAGAAUCGGCUGGGAAAACAGAACGGGGAACGCGAACCAGCGAAGAUCGCCUGGCACGGACAACGCCUCGGGCACGGAGCAACGCGAGAACGAGAUAGGACUUCGGUCUGUAUCGCGAGUAUAUUUGGUGAUUCGCGUUAGUACGAGUCGUCCAAGGUGGUGGUGCAGAGUACCGUCCGUCGACGGGGGUGUUGUUGCCGUUAUUGGUUCUCGUCGAUGGUGAAUCGUGGAGUUGGUUUUCGUCAGCUUCACGGCAAGUGCACGUUGAUCGACGCGUUUACGUAAGAACGACGGACGCUCGUGGUGUAUGCUUACUCGUACGUGCUCGUAUGUACCUCAAUGUGCGCGCGCGCGUGUGACAAGUACCGACAAAUACGGGAAGACGAGUCAGGAAAGAGACGGCGGAGGUUUUCGUCGAUUCGUGAGUUUGCCGAAAAUACCAAUUCGGUCAGCUUCGAUCAUCGCGUAUCUUUCGAAGAUCAAAGGAGAGGUAUUCGUCAUCGUACGUCGAGCGGUCGCCGAGUCGACGAAUCAGAAGAAUUUACGAAUGGACGAGCCGAGACCGUUUAAUCCCGACCCUCUCGUUUGCAUAAUUAGCCGUGCUGCACUGCAACAGCUACACGGAGAGAAGGGUUCGCGUAAACUUUGUUAUAAAGGCUGAGGUGGCGGUCGUAUUAUUCGACGAUACGAGGAGGAGGAAUUGAACGUGUCGUUAGAAGGAGACGAGAGAAGGUGAGAACAACGAUCGAAGGUGUCUCGCCACCGAAGCCUACUCGAAGAAGGAAAUGGAAAAAAUGGGCGUAAGCUUGUUGACGGAGUAUUUUCUCGGGAGAGCGAAAACAUUCCUCGCUUAUUGAUGCGCCUGGCGAGGCUAGCGUCCUCGAGCAAAAUAAUCGGGGCGGAUAGUGUCUAUCGUAACCAGGAUCAGCAUUCGACAAUAAUAAACGUGUUCGUCAUGGAAAUCUCGGUGUUCUUGUUUUACGUGACGACGUUGCUGGGCAUUGUGACCAGCGAUAAGUGCGCCGUCGAGUGUUCUUGUAAGUGGAAGAGCGGGAAGCGCACGGUCGAGUGUGUAAAUCGUGCCCUGACUAGCAUACCGGAGUGGAUCGAUCCGGAAACGCAAGUGUUGGACACAAGCGGUAACGACAUUCGGACCCUGCCGAGUAACAUCUUCAAACGUGUACGUUUGACGAAUCUACAGCGUCUCUACCUACGCGAGUGCCAUAUCGACCGAAUCGAUAGCGAGGCACUGGCCGGCCUUACGAAUCUGGUAGAGCUCGAUCUAAGCAACAACCUCUUAACGGUGGUCCCUACUGCAAGUUUCUUGGAUACACCGUUCCUCAGGGAUCUCGUACUGUCUAACAAUCUUCUCAAGAGGAUUCACUCGCACGCGUUCAAGAGUACACCGAACCUGGUCAAGUUGGAUCUGUCUCACACGCAACUGGUUGAGAUCGAGGCGAAAGGAUUCCGAGGCUUAGAACUGUUGGAAAGUUUAAAGUUAAACAAUAAUCAGUUAUCGACCCUUCAUCCCGGCACGUUCGAGCCGUUGAACAAACUCACGAGCAUAGAACUUCACGAUAAUCCCUGGAUCUGUGAUUGCCAUUUACGCGAGAUGAAAAUGUGGCUCGUAAAGCACAAUUUGCCGACCCUUCAAGCACCCCUUUGUCACAGUCCGAAACAAUUAUUGAAUCGUACCUUCACCGAUUUGAGUAUCGACGAUUUUGCCUGUCGACCGAUUCUUCUGAUAGCUAGUCGUUACGCCGAGGCAACGAUAGGCGAAAAUGCCAGUAUCGUGUGUCGAGUUAGCGCAAUACCACCGGCCAAGGUGAAAUGGUAUUGGAACGGACGUUUGCUGACCAACCAUUCGGCAUUCAGUGGCUAUCAGAAGAUUUUGAUCUUUGAGGAGGGUCAGUUCCGGAAAAGAAGUACGCUAGUACUGACGAACGCUCAAGAAGCGGACUCUAGCGAGUUCUACUGCGUGGCAGAAAAUCGUGCUGGUAGCGUCGAGGCGAAUUUCACUCUUCACGUAUCUCUGAGAACCGCUGGCAUGUCUACUCUCGGUUCCGGUCAAAUCGCUGGUAUAUCCGCCGCUCUGGUUGUGCUCAUUCUCUUUAUACUCCUUGUCAUUCUCGUGUUGUUCAUUCGUUUACGAAGAAUGCCGUUGAAAGACGUGAAGUCGUCGGUUCCUGCGGAAGGGGUGUCCGUUGAUAGUACAGGUGGUAACAAUGAGAAUCCAUCAUCGGCAACGUCGACUACUCGCAGAAAACACGAAGAAAUCGAAACGACGUCGUUCGGUGUGGAAUCGAAGCCACCGGUGUCCUUAAAUCUGAGCUACGUUCAAAGACCUCAAGCAGCGGCCUUGCAGACAGAGAACGAGUACGGUUCGAUCGGUCGUUUCGAUGAUCAGAGCCAACAGCCCUCGAUGGUUGCACCCGGUGCUUGUUUCUCUUCCACUACGUCGCUGAUGCCGAUUGACAAUCCUGAUCUUAUCAGGGACACGCGACGUGGUUCGGCGGAAGACAUCACUCCUUACGGCGGAGCGGACUAUAGUCGUAUGGAAGUGGUGGACGAUGCGAAGAUCCUUUACACGAGUUGUAUGUGGGAGGCGAGAGAUACGUGCAGAACAACGGUUCCGGUGAGCACGUACCCUUCGAAGGAAGCCCUAGCCGUAGUGGCACCUAUGGUCGAGCAAUUUCCGCCAGGGGCGAAGCAAAUAAGAGUAUGGCAGAAGGGAGUUCCGGUUUUGCCACCGGUGUCUGCGUUGAAGCGUGUCCUCGGCUCGACGCGUAGCUCUCCCGAUGAGGGUUAUCAAGAAGGGACUGGAACUGAUGUCUAGGUACCGCUGCUUCAUUACUGUGACGCCCGGCACCGUUACCUGGAGCUUCGUAGACGCCACCAGGACGACACCGACUGCUGAGAGACGUCCUGUCCAGUGCCGGACGAGCGGUAGUGAAAAAGAAAAAAAAUUCUCGAUUUAAUUUAAAUAUCGAACUCCGUCGCGGAUAUUAACGUGAUGGACUAGGACGUCGACCUGUCACGUGGAUUGCGUAUACAUAAAACGUAUAAUAUAUACAUACCACAUGUUACACACUCGUACAUACGUAUAUAUAGACAGAGAGAGUGAUCGAUGAAAUGGUUUGAGAUGUAUUCCGUAUGUGGAUAUACAUACGUACAGAAGGGUGGCAGACACCGAGAAUGGGAAGUCAUUCGGCCGACUCGGUGGAAACAAACGUCCACUAGUCGCGAGAUUUACGUACAGUGGUCGAUGAAAUAGUUGAAGGUGUCAUCGUGACUAAUGCACGGAACACAUAAAACGAAGAAUCUGUCGAGGACUCAAUCGAUAAAUUCCGCCAUCUGCCAGUUCUCAAAAAAUAACGCCGGCUUUCUAAUCUCCAAGAACUUUUCAUUUCGAACGUUUUCGCGUCCGUUUUGUGUGUCCGACGUGUAGCACGAUAGGAAGAAUAUUCUACUCGACGUUCUAAAUGAACGGAACGAUCUGGUAAGAAAGACGACGUCGUUUCGGCGGUCUUGCAGUACAAUGUUGACGGCUAAUACUUUCUAUAUGAACUAUUAAGGAAUAUUCGGAGGAAGAACAAAAACAAAAAAAAAAAAGAAAAAAGAAGCGAAAGAGAGAUCACGAAAAAUGGAAUAUAGUAACAUAACGUUUAAAGAUACGGUUUAAAUAUACCGUUUCUUAAGAUAAUGUUUACGAGAAGACUGCAGUGCAUGUUCCGAAGGAUGUGUAGAUAGAGACAGAUACGCGAGAGAAUAAUUUCUAUUUACCGUGUGUGUUGGCUACCGUGUAUACUACACACGUGAAUUUUCCAGUCAAUUUUGAAGGUGUAAUUAGACGAUGUUAGAUGAUUUGGAUAUGGUGUGAACACGACGACAAUACGAGAUCGAGAAUACGGCCGACGUGCGAUUACGCAUCGCGGUAACGAUGCUCGAAAAAUUCAUCCCAUUUUCCGUCGCGCGUCUAACGAUUCGUUGAUCAGAUUGUUUUUUCAUUUAUUAUUAUCAUCAUCAACGGUACGUACGAAUUAUGAAUACGUUAUAAUUUCGGAGUAAGAUCGAGUAUCGAAUCGAUUCGGAAUAACUAACGGAAACGCGACAUACGAGAGAAGCGAUAUUGUCACAUCGGAUAGUUAUUGACGUUCGUGUUCGAGGACGAAAAUUCACGGAAACGGUAGAGCGUGAAAUAUGACGUCGGGUACACCUCUGGAUCCGUCGUUGCAAUUCUCCUGACGAUAAAUUGAUUUACUUUGCCGUGCGUUAGGAACCGUUCAAAAUAUAUUCGUGUAACGACACACUGUCUCUUUCGAUAUCGAUUCAUCGAGAAAUUUCACAGACCUUAAAAGCGUUAGUAUACCUACGUCAAUGGUAAUAUCAUGUGCGUAUAUAUCAAUAUCGAUACGUCGGUAUCGAUACAUCGAAUAAUUACUGACAUCGCGAAUGAUGACAAUUGCGAACGUCGCGAUACCUCUAUCGAACGAGAUAUCUAAUCAACGAUUGAAUUCGGUGAACAAAGAAAAAGUAAAGUGAGAAAAAAAAGUUCGCAAUUCCCAGAAUGUAUCCGUCGUCGUUCGAUCUCUGUCUGUUUUUUUGUAUUACCCGGAGCCAAUAGAAUCAAUUACAUAAGACUGUAUAGUAAGCACAAGAAGCCCGUAAGCCAAUUGCAAGCGAAUAUAAACUAUUGCUCAAACACUGAAACGAGGGGCUUGCGAUUGGUUGACCGGCUCAUGCCUCGCGUUAGUGUCUUACGUAAGUGAGUCUGUGUGUGUUGAUCUAGACACUUUGGCGGUAAGCGGUAAGCCAAAACGCCAAUUGCGAAUAUCGGUCAGUUAUCAACUUGUGUCUGUGUUUGUGUCCUGUGUGUUCCGUGUGUGUGUGUGUGUGCGUAUUUGCGCGACUAUGGUUCGUACGUGUCUUGAGAGCAGUGUGCCUGAAUAUACAUAUUUGAACGUAUGUGAUAAUAUGAUCCAGACCAUGUCUACAUUCGGACGUGUGAAUGUAUGAGUGCACUAGUGUAUACGUGUGCCCACGCGCGGCAUCGAGAGAUCGAGGGUGAGAUAGUGCAUGCGGUGCAGUGCUUGCAAUUUCUACCGAUUGGUUUAUCGCCUAUCGUUCAGGCCGGCUGCUUUUCUCUGCUCAAUGAUCCUAGAACCGAUCGACGUAUCCGUGAUGAGGUAACAAAAAAAAAAAAAAAAGAAAAUAAAAUACGAAAACGACGGAAAAAAUGGAAAUAAAAAUGCCAUGCCAAAUACACUGACUGGUUCUAUUGAAUCGUAUAUUUUACGCGGAUCGAUAAUACGUGGUACAGGCUGGAGAACACGACAGGACACGUUUCUAGUGGUCAUUUUAUUCGUCGACGAACGAGUCCACGGGUUUAUUGGUUGUUUCCCGACCGGUAUCUUGGCCAAAUCACGGUAAUCGCAGUGAAAACACGUGACAACCGGGGCACGAGAACGCGUUCAAUGGAUUUUACUGGAACGAUCUUUUUUCUCUCUCCCGAUCGAAUCUAACUUUAUUCGUUGCAAUUCGUAACGAACGUUUACACGUAACGCGCUUGGAGCGUGUUCGAAUGGAAUUUAAAAUUAGGCAAACUAGGAAACUAUGGAAUUUAUGUUAUGUAUCUGUCCAUAACACGAAAUUUACUGUCAUGAGAAAUAGACACGAAUGAUUUGCCACCUUUUCCCUCGAAAAUACACGGUUAGCAUCACGUCCAGAAUAAUUUACGCGUAUCAUCGUUUAAAGUGAGCCAUAAAUGACGUGCAUAUGUUUAACGUGGACUACCCUUUGUCCUUUCACGUAUUAUUCGUACUUGUAUGAAUAUUUGCCCUUUCUCGAAUAUUCGUCUUGUUACGAUAACAUUGUUCCUUAACGAUCAUUUUGUUCCUAUUAGUGUUUUACAAUAUCGUCUGCGUUAAUAAACGUUUAUCUAUUUUUAUUUUAUUAUUUGUUAAUAACAAGUUGAUUCACGACAUUUUAUGAUACCUUCUAGCGAUGAUAUAUAGAAAUGUUAAUUAUUUUACCGUUCAGAGGUUCUUGCAACCGAGUCACGCCAAUGCGACAUUUAAAGACUACUCGUCCAUGCAUCGAAAGUAACGAUAUUUACCGCAGAUUGUUUUCGUUUACCCGAUCUUUUUAUGCGUCACUGACACGAAACACCAUUUUUCUUUGUCGUUUCCUGCAACGAAAUCGAUCAAAAUCAAACAAAUUCUUCUCAUGUUAUAUUUUCAUCAAAAUAUUAUUGAUGAAACAAACGAAUAUCAAGUAGCCAAAUAUUUCUCGGCAUUAGAAAUACAGGUAUAAUUAAACAUACAGGCGAACAGAAAGCUUAAUAUUAAGUUUGCGAAAAUAUUAAUUACAAUGAACAAUCCAUAUUAGAAGCUCUUCGAUACUAUCAUAUAGUAAUAAUUUAUUAGAGUAUAUAUACAUAUAUAUCACUCGAAUAUUAUGACAUAUCAAUCCACCGUGUGCCAUAUUAGUGAAACAUAUCAUGCGUUCCUCGAUAUGAUUUACAUUUUAUCUAUCUCAGUGUUUUCCUUCUUCUAAUGACCUGCUGUUUGCGCAAUCGGGUAUCGGAGUUAAUUAUUUGCAAAGUAACGAAAUACGCAUAAGCUGACGACAAUGAACGUAAUGAACGGUCAAAUCGGAUUUAACGUAAAAUAGGCUGGUUCAUAAAGGAGCCGAGUCGUAAUGUAUAUUUCGAAACGCAAACGUCACGUGAGAUGGAAGCAACACGGUUUAUUAAUUUCUCAGUAACUAUAAUUUCACAAAUUUGGAAAAUCGACAGAAUGAAAUGCACCCGCGUUUUCGCUACAGUUAUGUCCGAUAUGCAGUGGUUACACGAAAUAUUGGCACAAAGCUUUUUUUUUAGCAGGUUCUACAUUUCAUUUUCAGAGUUUUUUCAGUCAUGUGAUAGUACCUACCAUUAAAUGAAAUGAAAUGUAAUAUAUUUGUAUCCAAUUAACUAGUAUGUAAAUAUUACAAUAAAUACAUUGUUGUAUCAAUACACUUUGUAGCCACUGUGCAUAUAUUUUCGAACCGUUUGACGAAAAACAGCGUUUCAUUCUUUUUCGUGUAUCGUAUCGACGAUGCAAUUAAAAAGAUUCUUUCCUUCUAGAAUGGAAUUAGAAUUAUACUCGUACUUUGUCUGUAAUCUGCACCAAUUGCGAGUAAAAGGAUGAAUGAAUAACACGAACAAAAAAAAAAAAAAAAAAAAAAAAAAAAAAAAAAAAAAAAAAAAAAAAAAAAAAAAAAAAAAAAAAAAAAAGAAGGGCUAAAAACAAAAGGUUUGCAUAUGAACAAAUUAACUCGGGAGAAUACAUUUAGAAUUUUGUUCCUAGUCUGUAUAGUGUUUUUCUUUUCCGUUUUUCUUUCUUUUUUUUGUGACGGGUACAAAUCUCUGAAACACAAUAGCGUGCGGUCACAGUGGUGGCUAAUGAACAUUCACAAUACAGCUCUCCUGAUGUUACUGCGUACAAUAUUGCGAUCCAUAUCAUUUGAGCGUCAUAAAAGCUGACAAGCUGGCAUGUCUGACAAUGAGUCGUAGCGGAAAGGUAUCGCGAACAAUUACUCGAAGCUUUAUAUUCCCCGAGCGGAUUAAGGGAGAUAUUGCUUCUUCAUACGAUGGCUUCAAGCACGUUGUUUUAAUUUUUUUUGUCAUCCUCUGCCUAUGUUGUUCGCGUAUAUGAAAAAUUAAUAUAUUGGAUGGAUUAUCUCGUUAACAUGUUAUUAAAUAUUACAUCUUUUAUAUUAUAUAGGAGAAAAGCAUUGCCAUAUAUAUAUAUAUUUUUAUUCGUUCCUUUUCACAGAAAUAGGACUUGACUUACAUAUUUCUAAUUCUUACUUAUUUCCAUACUGUAUUUAGAGCAUCCAUUAUAUUCAAAGUCCUACACCCAAUCUACGUUCCUACCCUAAGCACACAUAUUUCAUCUUAUAUCUAAUAUUAGAAAUUUAAAUAUAUAUCUUUGUUUCUUCUAACUAUACGGUAUACACUAUCCUAUACUUAAUCUAUACAUUAUACACUAUUCAUCGCAUAUCAACCUUCGGCUUAGUUCGGUACCUACAUAUGUUCUUAAGUUCUUUCUAAAACUCUUACUCAGCUUAUCACCGCUCCAUUUAUCCUACUUUUUACUAUAUCUUCCUUCCUUAAUACGCUUAAUACGUUAGAAUCUAUCCUAUAGCAGCCGCUUUUGGCUACCUCCUUCUACUUUCUUCCUCAAGUAUUCUGUCUUUCCCGCUGUUUUUACAUAUUCGUUUGCUAAUUCAUUAAUUUCCCUCGCCACUUUUUUUCAUUCGGUCCUUAUUAUAAACCGCUAAAAAUACUUCAUUCAUCCUCACCUGUCUUCGAUCUAUAUACUAUUACAGUAAACAUUACAUUCUGAUAUUAAUGAUAUUUAAAGCAGACAUUAAAUCGUAAAGGAUAUGGUAAAAUCUAUUUUUUAUGAAUUUAAAAAAUCAUUUUUAUUAUUAUCUACAAAUAUUUUUAGAUUAUUUAAAUGGUAGAGCCUUUGACUUAAUAUACAAGAAACAUCAAAAAUAGAGAUAAUAUCAUAAGUCGAAUUUGUAUAUUUUAUUUAUAUAGUGUUAAUAUGAGUAAGAAGUAUUUUAUUAUCACCUUAAAAUUAUCCGCAAAAAGCAGCAUUCCUUUUUUUGUUAUGUAAUGUACAACAAUUAUAGAUCACAGUAAAUUUAUUCCUUUUUAGAUUAGACUCAUGAUUAAGCUAGGUGACUGGACAAAUUGUAGAAUGUCCAAUUUAGAUAUGUGUAAUUUAUUUAAUCUUGAUGUAUUCAGAAAAAUUGAAAUAUAUAAAGAUUGUUUUGUAUGAAAUUAUGACGCGACAUUAUAUCUAAAACUGGAUAUUAAAAUUUGAAAUACCAUAAUUAUAACGUUGUUAAAUUCGCUAUAUUCCAUUCUGUCCGUGAAAUAAUAGUUUAAAUAAGCAAAAUAGUUUAUUUAUUUAACAUUACAAUUAAUAAUUACGCCUCGAUUAAGAGUAAUUGAAGCAAUAUCUUUCUCGUGACAUUAUAACAUAAAUUCCAUAUAAAUUCUAUAUAAGAAGUUAAUUUCAUAAAUUCUAUAUAAAAUAUUAAAGAACAAUUUUUCCCUAGUUCAUACUUUAGCAUUAUACUUGCAAUUUUCAAUGAAAAUGAAAGCUUUUUAUGCCACUCGGCUAAAUGUAAUGUAGUAUCGUAAAUAUAUAUUGAUGAUUUAUUUACAAUGAAUGGAUUGUACAGAUGUUGAUUAAAUAGAAGAACGAUGGUUGUUUAACGUGAACUAAUCACAAUAACGUACUAUAACCUAGACAACUCAAUGGUUAAUUUGCAACUCUCGUCACAACGGAUUCAACACUCUCUCUCACGCGGACCACACUCUCUCGACAACGCUAGCAACACUAAUUCAACAACGCAACUCACACUCUCUGACUUCUCGAUUCACACCCUCUGGCUUCUCCACUGACACUGCCUGUUCUAGCAUCCCUUUGUCUUUUCUUAGGCCCACCACGCACGUGUUUCGCAAUCGCUCGUGGCCAGGGUCACGUAGGACUUUUCUACGAAACUAUUCAAUUGAAGGACUGACGAUACAUUGAUGGGCCCGACGGCGCCUCGGCUCUCGCGACAUUGUUUAUGGUUUAUUUGAUAUCUCUUAGGUCUUUUGUCCACAACACCACAGUAAUUUAUGUUUAACAAGUAGGUGCAUAUGGAAAAAAGAUUACUUUGAGUUAUAAAUACGAUACUUACAAAAGUUCUUUGUAAGAAAUAACACUUAUUUCUUACUGCCAGUUCAAUUUCGUUCUAAUAAUGUAAGUUUUUCAAUUUUAUAACUAGCAAAAUUUUCGUUACUAACUUACAGAAAGGAAAACGUUGGUCAUAAGCACAAGAGUUUACAUACAUUUAUGAAACUCUGUCUUACCUUUUAUUACGAAACAAUUGCUUUCCAGUGAAAUUUUAUUAUCUGUUAUAUGUUGAUAAAUAUGUUUUCUUAUUGUAAUAUCAAUUAACAUUGAUUUCCUAUACUGUAAAUUUGUUCCAUUAGUAUGAAUAUUUAUUACCAGACUACACAUGUUUACGGAAAUUUACAUUUUUAUGAAUAUUUUAUAAAUCUUUGCAUAUUAUAUGUGAUCUAAACACUUUUAUAUUUUAAAAUUUUUCAUAAAUAUAUAAACCUGCGUAGUCUAUUAUCAAUAAAUUACAGUUAUAUCUUACAAUCAUAAUGAAGAAGUAGUUCGUGUUAAGAAAGGAUCGCCACGGUUGGUUGGCUGGCGCAAUCUUGAUGCCGAUUACUUGAUUUGCUGUUUAAGUGUCCUCCCCAUUUACCGAGCAAAUUUAACCAUAAUCUAUUCCGUUAAUAUAAUUUCACGUCGGCAAUAUCAGUUCCUACAACUUUAUUAUAAAUUUGCGUCGAUCAUACAAAGCGUAUCAACUAUGUUAGUUUAAGUAAUAACGAAAAGUAAUCAUGAUAAAGAAAGAACAUGUAAAUUAGAAGUUUUGCAAUGACGAUGUGAUGUAUAUGAUUUUGUGGAAAAAAUAUAUUAAAUUGGAUUAUGUCGAUAUUGA